AUGGCAGAAACAUCCAACAAAGAUCUCGAUUCCGAGACAGGAGCUGCGAAGCGCAAAGAAGCUACUGGACCCGAUGUCUCAAACUCGGCGAAAAAGAGAAAGGUUUUGAAGACGGCCGCAAAACAUGGGAUGCUUCUGAUGACGGUUAGAUCGCCGAAGUGUAAACCUGGUGGUAUGUUGUUGAAUUGGCCGCCUGGUCGUGUUUCAAUGUCUAAAUCCAAGUCGGAGGACAUUGAAGAGGAGGGAAUGGGAGAAGUAGUUGACGCAUUGAGUGAAGAUGCGUGGGUUCCUGAUACGCAAUCGGAUAAGGAGAAAGGAGAGAGGGUGAAGGGUGUUGGAAGUCCUUAUAUUGAUAAUAGACCCAAGCGAAAGACUACUAUGACGCGGAAGAAAUUGGAGACAAAAGCUAAGGAAGUCAAGCAAGCUGCAAGAAAUUCAGGGCCGAAAACAUCGAGACCAAAAGCAGAUUCGGGGGAUGUCGCAUCUGAAGUUCAAGUUGUCAUUUUUUCGGGAACGCCAGCUGAAAAAGAGGCUGCUCUUACUAUUCCUGGAAGUGUAGAGCCAGCAACCGCUCCUGGAAGAGUUACGACGCCUAAGAAGUCUAAGACGUUGAUUUUCAAGCUUCCUAUUCGAGCUCGGCUUGAUGAGAGACCACCAGCGACAUCUGAGAAGAGCAGAAAAGAGGGGCUCAUUACACCGACUCCAACCACCACGGAGACUCCUGAGCCCGAGAAUGGAGUUCUCGCCCCGGAUGAUGAUCUUUCUAAGGCUGAGGAUUGGAAAAGCACAAAAUUGAUAGUUGCAGAGGCUCAAGCAUCGGUUGCUGGAAAGAAGUCAAUUCGACGAAUCCAACCAACUCCUGUUACUGGCAAUACACCACCUUCUUCGCCAAAAGUCAGACCAGCAGUGUUGAAGGCUUCUGCAGCAGAUGUUUUGAGAGCGAGUCCAUGCAGAGCAGGACCUCGGUCAGAAAAUAUAUCAACACUAUUGUUGCCAGAACAUUCUUCUGGGAACAAGAGUUCUUACACAUUUCUGAGAGACCACACUCCAGCAACUCCAGAGAGUACCGAGUCAUCCUCGCAAUUCUCAUCGUCACCCUCCGCAAAGUCGGAAGUCUCGUCAUAUUCAUCAUCGUCUCGCAGAAAGCGAUUCCCUCCAUCCCACCUCCCAGGCGGUCUCGGAGUCAGAAUCCACGGUAAGGCCUUCCCACGUGGUGUGACUGCCCCAUCGUCGCAACAAAUUCUCAACAUUAUCACACCAGCAGUACGAAGACGUCGUGUAACUCCAUGGAUUACUGACGAGAAGGCAUCGGCUUUAGCCGAGGAGAUUUUCGCUGCCAAAGCUUUAGUUGGGGGCAAUGUAUAUGAUGUCUUGAGAAUGCCAGUAUAUCGAAUCUGGGAGGAGCAACGACAGAAUUACGAGAAGAUUAUGCAUGUGUUGAUGCAGGAGAUGGCGGGUGGUGGGAAAGUAGUCCUUGGGUUUACGUGUAAGCAAGCAUCUUUUCAUGCUGAGUUGGGACGAUGGGAGUGAAUUUAAUGUACAGUACUGACACAUACUAUAGAUGUCAGACAGGCAUGGUCGAUAAUCUCGGCCCCUGGGAGGAAGGCUGUUUAUGACCAAAAACUUAAGGCACAGAUUGCAGCAGAAGACACCGCAAUAGUACCAUCAAUGUCUGGCCUUGGGCUCGUACUCGAAGGUCAACCUUUCACCCCCUCUUUUCAUGAACUAGGUGACGAACGCGGCUCUGGGCUUGAGGACACAAAGUACAUGGCAUUCCGAGUCCAUAAACCCCUCCGGAUGCCACUCCACUCGCACAUCUCCUUCUGGUCAGCCCUCGCUUACGUGCUUCGAGGGGACAUGCAAUUCUGGGAGUCCAUCAAGGCCACAACAUUGCGAUUCUGGACUUCAGUCUUGGAAUCAAAGAACCCUGCUCAUCCUCAAAAAGCAGGAUAUGAAAUUAUUCGUGACUAUGGAAUUUCUCGCGGCGAUGAGAGUUUGGACAAUCAACUCAAAGGAGACCACAAGGUCACACCCGAGAUGUGGCAAGUAACUGCAGACACAUUCUCCGUUGAGCUCCUUACCAUAAUCAACAGUCCUCCCAAUUCAAGAGAAAAGAGGAUCAAUACUCUCCCAGUCGUUCCUCGUGGCUCACACAAUCGACAACAAAUCCUUAUUGUUUACCAUCCGUUGUCGCGGUGCUAUGAACCCGCAUAUCCGGUCAAUAAGCAAGCUAGUGAGUGGAAGCACGAAAAACAUAUGCCCAUUGAUCGGGUAAAUGCACCACAGGGUGAGGUGAUCGAGAGGGCUGAAACGAAGAAGAGAGUGAGUGAAGAAAGACGUUGUCCAUUCCUGGAGAGAGACUGGAGAGGGGCUUUGGUACGACCUGUGAAGAAGAUGAAGGGGCAUGAGGGAGAGAUUGAGGCGCCAGGAGCUUUGAUUGUUGGGGGGUCGUGGUGA